AUGGCCCGCUCCAUGGUUUUGACUGGCGCCGUGCUCCUGUGCAGCGGUGCGCUCUUCACGGCCUUCGUUGCUGCGCCCCGCGCGUCGCCAGCUCCGGUCGCGCCGCACGCCGCCACCGCGGCCCUGAGUGCCAUUACGCUGGUUGCGCCUGAGGCAGCACAUGCCGAGGAUGGUGCCGUGUGGAUCCCGGCACUCUCCGCCAUCGGUGCCGGCUUCGCCAUCGGCCUCGCCGCCAUCGGCUCGGGCGUGGGCCAGGGCAUUGCCAGCGGCCGCUGCAUUGAUGGCAUCUCCCGGCAGCCGGAGGUUGCCGAUGACCUUCGUGGCGUGCUGCUGCUGUCCCUCGCCUUCAUGGAGUCCUUGACCAUCUACGGCCUGGUGAUUGCGUUGGUGCUGCUCUUCGCAAACCCACUGAUCAAGUGA